AUGUCAAAUAAUCAACAAUAUGAUACCAAAUGUUUAGUUCAUCCCCACCAAGAUAUUAUUUUAAUAUGCUCAACUUGUCCAAACAACAUUCCUGUAUGUACUGAUUGUAUUACUGGUAUUCACAUUGGUCAUAUAUUUAUAAGUAUUGAAGAUGGUAAUAUUAGAGAUCAUAUACAACAAGAGUUUAAAAAUCAAACAAUACCAAAACUAAACAACUAUUUGGAAAAUAAUAAAUUAAUAUUGGGUGAAUCAAACAGACAUUUUAAACAAAUUCAUGAAAACCAUACAAUUAAUUUAGAUAAAACCAUUAAAAUAUUUAAAGAAUUAAAAGAUAUUAUCAAUGCAAAAGAAAAUGAUAUCAAAAGAUUAUUAAUAACUAAAUUGGACGAAAAUAUAGAUGUAAAUAAUAUAAUAACAACAACAAUAGAAAACAAUAAUAAUAUAAUUAAUAAAGCUAUUAAAAAUAAUAAUAAUAAUAAUAGUAUUAAUAAAAAUGAAUUUAUUGAACUUUUAAAACACAAUCAUCAAUGUAACAAUAUUUUAUCAAAUAUCUGCAAAAUUAAUUACCUAUCAGAAUAUAAAAAUACUCAAUUGAUAAUUAAAGAAAAUCUCGAAUCGAUCAAAGAUCUAACUUACAAUUAUUUAGAAGUACUUGAUGAUAUUCCUUUUUUAAAAAAAGAUUUAAAAACUCUAGAAUACGGGUGUGAUGUUAGAAAUAUAAAAAUCAGAUACCCUACUAUUGGAACAAUCAAACAUUUACCCGAAACUAUUCCAACAACAGUUACACAUUUAUUAUUACUAGAUGGCUUUAAUCAAACACUUAAUUUUAUUCCACCCACCGUAGAAUCAUUGCAUCUAGAAAACAUCAAGUAUCAACUAAAACCUGAUUCAAUUCCUGCAACAAUUACAGAAUUAUCUUUACUAGAUGGAUUUGAUCAAUCACAAUAA